AUGCCUUCCCAAAAGUUGAAACUCCUUGGCGGGGGAGCCCAUGGCAUUGUGUUUCUUGCUGAAUAUUACAAUCCACCUACUUUCAAUGUUCGGAUGAAGUUAGCCGUAAAAUCUUCAAAGGUUGAGUUCUCAGAUUCAAUUUCGGGAGAAGGACAAAUCCUGAGAAAGUUGCAAAGAUGUCCCUAUAUUAUUCAGUGUUUCGGAGAUGAUACGAGCGGAGAGCAUGGGAACACGGUGUACAACCUUUUGUUGGAGUACGCUCCAGGUGGAACACUCAAGAAAUUGAUAAAUUCCAGGGAAGGGUUUUUUCCGGAAGACGAGGCUUCGCUCUAUGCUUAUCAGCUUCUGAAGGGAAUCCGGGAGGUGCAUCGUCGCGGGAUUGUCCACUGCGAUUUGAAGCCCAACAACAUUCUUGUCUUCCCAUGCGGCUGCGGCUCGAAUCAACUCAAGAUAGGCGAUUUUCGGCUAUCUAAGGUCGCCGGAGUGGGAGGUCACCGGGGAACUUUACUCUACACCUCCCCGGAAUCUCUGUUUUGUGGCAUGCAUGAGGCGCCUAAGGAUAUAUGGGCCAUAGGGUGCAUUGUGGCGGAGAUGAUGGCCGGGAAAUCACCUUGGAAGUUAUGUAACGACGAUGAUAAGUUAGCUCAAUACAUGGCCUUCAACCAACCCCAAAUCCCAACUAACAUAUCUGAUCAUGUCAAGGAUUUUCUGACAAGAUGUUUCGAAAGAAACCCAAAUGCUAGAUGGACUGCUGAUAAGUUACUCAAUCAUCCAUUUGUUAUCGAUAAUCCCCUGCUAUGCCUAAAGUGGGAGGAUUAUCAACCCUUGGGCAAUAGGCCUUUGGGGACGGGAGAAUGGAUUUCUAGUACUGGUUUAUUUCUCACCCCAAUUUAG